AUGCAGCAUCUUCAAGCAGAUGACUCCAAGGCCGACUACUCCGAUAACGAUUUCUUCAUGAUUCGUCACGGCGUGCGCACUGUGGAACCAGGGGGUCCAAUGUUUCUAAGAGUAAAGAUUUUUGAUGUGAAUGUGGAUAUGGAAGUUGAUACGGGAACUUUCGUAGCAGUAAUGUGCACAAAAGAGAAAAAUGAAUUGUUUCCGGAAGUUCCAAUUGAGAAUACAGAGUCGUUAUUAAAAUGUGUUGGGGAAAUAAAGUUACCAUUAGUUGGAGUAAUACGUAAGGUAGAAGUUUGUUAUAGAAGUGUAAGAAAGUAUUUAGAGUUGCACAUUAUAGAGGGUAGUGGACCAAUUCUUAUAGGGAGACACUGGUUGGCAGAAUUUGGAUUGUGGCCGAUCGAUUUACAACGUACAAUCGGCACCUAUAAGCACGGGGAGUUCAAGUUAAGGCUAAAACCAAAUGCACAACCGGUGGCUCUCAAAGCUCGUCGUAUCCCUUUCGCUAUGAGAGCAAAGGUGGAAACAGAACUAGAGAGACUGCUAAAGUUAGGGCAUAUCGAGAAAGUCGAGUUAAGCGAAUGGGUGACACCGAUCGUUCUUGUCCCAAAAGGAAAAGGCGUGCGGAUAUGCAGCGAUUUUAAAUUAACAGUAAACCCGUUCCUGGUAGUAGAUAAAUAUCCACUUCCGCUCAUCGAUGAGAUUUUUAACUCCUUGCAGGGGGGAAUCACAUUUUCCCAAAUCGAUUUAUCACAUGCGUACAUGCAAAUUGUAGUUGAGGAAAAGUCUCGAGAAUUGCUAACUAUAAAUACGCAUAAAGGGUUAUUCAGAUACAGAAAAAUGCCAGAGGGGGUUGCCUCGGGUCCUGGAGAUUUCCAACGAAAGAUGGAGGAAUGCCUUAGCAGAGUACCAAAUACUGCAGCACCCUCCAAAAUAAAAGCUAUCUUGGAAGUUCCAAGUCCCACGAAUGCAAAACAAGUUUCGUCAUUCUUAGGACUCGCUAACUAUUACGCGCGUUUCCUACCAGCCCGAGCGAUAAAGUUGAAACCUCUCUACUCGUGUUGUAACAAAGGUGAAUUUAAAUGGUCCGCGGAGUGUGAAGAAGCUUUCCAAUGGGUGAAAAAUGAAAUUACUUCAGACAGAAUUUUGGCACAUUACAAACCAAAAGUAGAUUUAGUUCUGACAUGCGACGCCACAAAAUACGGAUUAUCGGCCAUUCUAUCGCAUAAAUAUAAAGAUGGAUCGAAACGCGCCAUUCAUUUCGCGUCGAAAGUUCUUCCAAAACGGGAAAUAGGCAGAGCCAUAAUUGAUAAAGAAGCGGCGGCUAUAUUAUUCGGUUUCAAGAAAUUUUACAACUAUAUUUACGGCCAUGAGAUAAUUUUAAGGACAGAUCACAAACCCCUGGUGUUUAUUUUUGGACCACACAAAGGAUUUAGAUAUAAAAUCGAAUAUAUUAAAUCGGUCGAUAAUGGCAGUUGUGAUGCCCUUUCGCGAAUGCCUAUAUUUGAUUCUACUCAGGUCUUCGACAGGGACAUAAGUACAAUCAGUUACAUUGAUGAAGGAUUACACGCGGUAACGUCAGACGGGAUACGUAGAGAAACGGGAAAGUGUCCUGAGGUGGGAAAGAUAAUAGGCUAUUUGAGAGAAAAAUGGCCGUCUUUUAAUCAAUUAACUGCGGCGGAGAAAAAGUACCAUGAAAUACGUUUAGAAUUGUCAGUGGAGAAAGAUUGUAUAUUACGCGGUAGUAGGGUAGUAGUACCAAGUAGCUUACGUGAAGCUGUGCUAAAAGAAUUAUACGAAUCGCACUUUGGCAUAGUGAAAAUGAAGUCCAUCGCUAGGUCCUACUUUUGGUGGCCCAAAAUAGACGAGGAUAUAGAGCGUGUAGCGGGAUCCUGUGUAAUUUGUGUAGGGGGAUCGAAAAAGUCGGAUAAAGUCCCACUAACACCCUGGCCGUGGCCAGAUCGCGCUUGGUCGCGGAUCCAUAGCGACUUUCUCGGACCGCUAAAAGGUCGGAUGUUUAUGAUUGUGAUUGAUGCGCAUUUGAAAUGGCCCGAGAUGGUUGAUAUGGGGAAGUGUACGACGGCGGAUAGAGUGAUUAUUGAAUUUAAAAGGUUAUUUAGUAGACACGGAUUACCGAGACAUAUUGUGACAGAUAACGGCAGGCAGUAUACUUCAAAUGAGUUUCAAACGUUCUUAAAGAAUAAUGGAAUAAAGCAAUCGUAUUCGCCUCCUUCCCAGCAAACACAAACCACAAACGGCGCGGCAGAAAACUUUGUAAAGACAUUCAAGGAUAAAGUGAACAAAUGUUUAAAGUCAGGAAAAUCCUUAGAAUAUGCGGUGAACUUGUUCCUUUACGAUUAUCGCUCGACACCACAUGCUACGACCGGUAGAAGCCCAGCUUGGAUGCUAUAUAAGCGCAAACUUCGCACUCGUUUUGAUUUAUUAAAGCCGAGUACAAUAGAUGAGGUCGAAAACAAUAGGGAAGCGCAAGUUCAACGCAAAAAGGGAAACCGGCAGGUGUCAUUCGCGCUGUUGUGA